GAAGAGUCAGAUUUGGGUAAGCUUUCUUAUCUUCAUUGCAUCAUAAAUGAGACCAUGAGGAUGUACCCAGCGGGUCCAUUGCUACUACCACAUGAAUCAUCACAAGAAUGCUUUGUUGGGGGUUACCGAAUUCCACGUGGCACAAUGUUGUUGGUGAACCUGUGGGCCAUACAGAACGAUCCCAAGAUAUGGGGGGAGCCUGAAAAAUUUAGGCCGGAGAGGUUCCAAGGAUUGGAAGUAAACAGAGAUGGGUUCAAGUUGAUGCCAUUUGGGUCGGGGCGGAGGGGCUGUCCAGGAGAGGGAUUGGCUACGCGGGUGGUUGGAUUGACGCUGGCUUCAGUUAUUCAAGCCUUUGAGUGGGAAAGGAUUGGUGAGGCAAUGGUGGACAUGACUGAGGGGACUGGGCUUACCAUGCCCAAGGCCAAGGCUUUGCAGGCCCGGUGUCUUCCACGUCAAGCCAUGGUGGACUUGCUUUCGAAAAUUUAACGAAGCCAAUUGUUCUUGUGUUUCUUUACCCUUUUUCUCUUCAACAAACGUUUACUUCUCCUCCUCUUUCCUUCUUUCUUUCCCCCCUUCUUUCCUCCCCCUCCUCCUUUCUUUUUCCGCUGUCUUCGCAGCCAUCUAUCUUUGCCUCUUUCCCGCUUCUGUGACAUGUGAUGUUGAGAAUGAUGUACUCCUAUUUUUAUAUUUUCAUUUAUGCUUAUUAACGAAAAAAUUAUUGGGCUGCAU